UAUUGGAUUUUUGUUUUUGCUAUGAUUUGUUGGUAAUAAUAUGUGCAAAUUUUAUUAUUUUACCAUAGUUGCUGUGUAUAAAACUAUCGUUUUCUAUGUAGUGAAGUGAAAGAGUGUAAUUUAUUCACUUGGUAUAUUGGAAGUAAUUAUGAAUAUAUUGAAAAAUGAGCUAGGGCCAGAUACUUUACUGGCGUGUCGAAUAUGUCUUGCCUGGGACACAAAAUUGUACAGAAUUAGCAAAUGGGGACUAGAUCAGAUGUUCACGGAUGUUAUGGGGACGAGGCUAUCCGCCUGGGAUGGGCUUCCACAGCACAUAUGCACGUUGUGUCGCGCAGCGCUACUAAAGGCGCACACUCUGCGCCAGCGCUGCCGGCAAGCCGAGGAGCUGCUCAAGCAAGUGCUGCUACAGCAACAGUUUAUAACAAACAAAUACAUACAAACCAUCGACCGUUCCGCCUACAAACUAACAUAUAACCUUAACAUACACCACCAAUCUUCAGAAACCUGCAUCCAUCAAGACACAGAAAUAAACAUAAAAGAUGAAAUCGAUACAGACUAUGUAAAUGACAUAUUAGAUGUAAAAAAUGAUUUUGUGUGGCCAGGUAAUGAUAAUGAUUUUGAUAUAACUGUUGAAUCGGUAAAGAUAGAUGAAAAUAAUGAUUCUUGGCCAGAUAAUGAUAUAGACGAAACAAAUGAUAUAAUUCGAAUAGGAAAUAUAACUGUCGCACCAGCGUUGAAAGAUACCAAGACAAAGAAGAAACAAGAACAUAAAAGAAAAAAGAAAGUAAAAGUGAAUAAGAAACAGAAGUUAACAAAGAAGAAUAAGUUCAGUACAGAAGGAGAUAUCAAGGAGUUUGAGGAGAAAUAUGAUUUUAAAGUUAAAUGCUUGACAGAGGAAGAGAUGGUUGAGGAUAUGGAGAGGAGGAAACUUUCGGAGAAAUACUUGCAAGGAGAAUUCAAAUGUGAGCUGUGCUGCAGAGGGUUCUCCACUUCCACCGCGUACGAAAAUCAUGUUAAAGACAAACACGAUCCAAGCAUUGGGCCCAAUGAGUGUCAUCUGUGUCACGCGCGGUACCGGUUCGCUGUCAACCGGAAUCAACACAUACAGGACGCACACAGACUACAGUUCCGGUGCCGGCGCUGCGACCGGGUCGUGCCAGGCGAACCACACGCUGUAGAACACGCAGCGAGCCACGACGGCGCUACGUUCAAAUGUCGACAUUGCGACAAACGGUUUCAUAAGAAGACGACGUGCGCGACACAUAUGCGGCUAGACCACCCAGUGCAGAACGCGGCCGGGGGCACUUGCGAGGUCUGCGGGGAAACCUUCAUCAGCAGAACGGGACUCAACUGCCACAAGACACGGGCGCACAAUAAGCCAUACAACCGUAAGCUUCACUGUCGCAAGUGUAGAAUACAGUUUGACAGCUUAGAGGCACUACAGAGGCACAAAGUUGACAGGCCUGGCAAUAAGUGCGACCCGCACGGCAGUGUAUGCUGCGCGUGCGGCGAAUGGAGUGUGGAUGCAGAUGCACUGGUAUUGCAUCGGCAUAUCAAGCACGGCACUGCGCUUUUCACCUGCGAUGAGUGUAGCAAAUCGUUCCUAUCAAAACUAUCCCUCUGCACGCACAUUGACCGCGUGCACCGCGGCGUGCGGCCCGCGCGGCUCGCGCGCCCGGACCGCGAGCGGAACGACCCCGGCAGCCGCGCCGGCAAGGUCUGCGAGACCUGCGGCAAGAUAUUCCAGUGCCUGGCCCUGCUGAAGCAGCACCAAGCGCGUCACACUGGGGAGAAAGCCUUUAAGUGCGAAAUCUGCCCCAAGUCUUACGCCACAGCUGCAGAACUUCGGACUCACCACGUGCGUCACACUGGCGAAAAACCCUACAAGUGCGAAAGUUGCGCUAAAUGUUACGGUACCGCGGCCGCUCUUAAGGUACACGUAGAGGCGGUGCACAUACGGCUACGAAAGUACAGAUGCGACCAGUGCCCAAAAACCUUUCUCCGCGCCACCGGACUCUAUGUGCAUAAAGUCGUUCACACGGGUGAGAAACGCUUCGAGUGCGCGCUCUGCGGCGCCAAGUUUACGCAGGCGGGCUCGCUCGCCACGCACCGCAAGUACGUGCACCUCAAGCUCAAACCUCCGCCUCGAAAACGGAAUAAACCGACUAGUCAAUAAAACUUACUAUUGAAA